GCUGGUGUGAGUGGCAGGAGCCAUCAGUGGGCAACAUGGCGAAGAGGCAGGACAGCCCUGGCCCAGAGGUCCAGCCCAUGGACAAGCAGUUCCUGGUGUGCAGCAUCUGCCUGGAUCGGUACCGGUGCCCCAAGGUUCUGCCUUGCCUGCAUACCUUCUGUGAGAGAUGCCUCCAGAACUAUAUCCCUGCCCAGAGCCUGACGCUGUCCUGUCCAGUAUGUCGGCAGACGUCCAUCCUCCCUGAGCAGGGCGUCUCUGCACUGCAGAACAAUUUCUUCAUCAGCAGCCUCAUGGAGGCCAUGCAGCAGGCACCUGAUGGGGCCCACGACCCAGAGGACCCCCAUCCCCUCAGUGCAGUGGCUGGCCGCCCCCUCUCCUGCCCCAACCAUGAAGGCAAGACGAUGGAGUUUUACUGUGAGGCCUGUGAGACGGCCAUGUGCGGAGAGUGCCGCGCAGGGGAGCACCGGGAGCACGGCACGGUGCUGCUGCGGGACGUGGUGGAGCAGCACAAGGCUGCCCUGCAGCGCCAGCUGGAGGCAGUGCGCGGCCGGCUGCCACAGCUGUCCGCAGCGAUCGCCUUAGUGGGGGGCAUCAGCCAGCAGCUGCAGGAGCGCAAGGCAGAGGCCCUGGCCCAGAUCAGCGCAGCCUUCGAGGACUUGGAGCAAGCGCUGCAGCAGCGCAAGCAGGCGCUGGUCAACGACCUGGAGGCCAUUUGUGGGGCGAAGCAGAAGGUGCUGCAGACCCAGCUAGACACACUGCGCCAGGGUCAGGAACACAUUGGCAGCAGCUGCAGCUUCGCAGAGCAGGCCCUGCGUCUGGGCUCAGCCCCGGAGGUGUUGCUGGUCCGCAAGCACAUGCGCGAGCGCCUGGCGGCCUUGGCGGCGCAGGCCUUCCCAGAGUGGCCACACGAGAACGCGCAGCUAGAACUGGUCCUGGAGGUCGACGGGCUGCGGCGAUCGGUGCUCAAUCUGGGUGCACUGCUCACAACGAGUGCCACUGCACACGAGACGGUGGCCACGGGCGAAGGCCUGCGCCAGGCGCUGGUGGGCCAGACCGCCUCCUUCACGGUCACUACCAAAGACAAAGAUGGGCGGCUGGUGUUGGACCACAAGAACGGCACGUAUGAGCUGGUCUACACGGCGCGCUCCGAGGGCGAGCUGCUCCUCUCCGUGCUGCUCUAUGGCCAGCCGGUGCGCGGUAGCCCCUUCCGCGUGCGAGCCCUGCGACCUGGGGACCUACCACCUUCCUCGGACGACGUCAAGCGCCGCGUUAAGUCCCCUGGCGGCCCGGGCAGCCAUGUGCGCCAGAAGGCGGUGCGGAGGCCCAACUCCAUGUACAGCACCAGCGGCAAACGGAAGGACAACCCCAUUGAGGAUGAGCUCGUGUUCCGUGUCGGCAGUCGUGGAAGGGAGAAAGGCGAAUUUACCAAUCUACAGGGUGUGUCCGCAGCUAGCAGUGGCCGCAUAGUGGUAGCAGACAGCAACAAUCAAUGUAUCCAGGUUUUCUCCAAUGAAGGCCAGUUCAAGUUCCGCUUUGGGGUCCGAGGGCGCUCGCCUGGACAGCUGCAACGACCCACAGGUGUGGCAGUGGACACCAAUGGAGACAUUAUCGUUGCAGACUAUGACAACCGUUGGGUCAGCAUCUUCUCCCCUGAGGGCAAGUUCAAGACCAAGAUUGGAGCUGGCCGCCUCAUGGGCCCCAAGGGGGUGGCUGUAGACCGUAACGGACAUAUCAUUGUGGUCGACAACAAGUCUUGCUGUGUCUUCACCUUCCAACCCAAUGGAAAGCUGGUUGGCCGUUUUGGGGGCCGUGGAGCCACUGACCGUCACUUCGCAGGGCCCCAUUUUGUGGCUGUAAACAACAAGAAUGAGAUUGUAGUGACGGAUUUCCAUAACCAUUCAGUAAAGGUAUACAGUGCCGACGGAGAGUUCCUCUUCAAGUUCGGCUCCCAUGGUGAGGGCAACGGGCAGUUCAACGCUCCUACGGGAGUAGCUGUGGACUCCAAUGGGAACAUCAUCGUGGCUGACUGGGGCAACAGCCGCAUCCAGGUAUUCGACAGCUCUGGCUCCUUCCUGUCCUACAUCAACACGGCUGCAGAGCCACUGUACGGCCCACAGGGCCUGGCCUUGACCUCGGACGGCCACGUGGUGGUGGCCGAUGCCGGCAACCACUGCUUCAAGGCCUAUCGCUACCUCCAGUAGCUGCACAGGAGCCCUGCCUGGCUCAUGGAGGGACGGACAUAGGGGUGAUUGGACAGGAGUGUCUGGCCCGCAGCUGGGCCAGACCUGGCAGCACUGAAUGUGGGCUGUGGGCGUGGGUGCGCCCGGUGCCCUCCCUCUCCCCGUCUCCCACCCCCACGGUUGCACUUUAUUUAUUCGGUUCUUGCUUUGGUGACUGGAUGGGCCUGGACUGUGGUUCCAAGGACGUGUGCAGAGCUUCACCCUCCCCCCUUCACACACCUCCCCCGUCCCCUCAGUCUGCUCCCAACCCCAGCCUGGGGCCAGAACAGCCUCUUACUCCAGGGCAGAAGUCCCUCUGGUUGUCUCCCUACCACCCAUACACACUGACAGAGACAGCAAUACCCCACCCCCAUAUUAAAUAAAUGUGUUCGCCACGUGC